CAGACCAUGGAGAUUCAACCAAGGGUGCACCUACUGAAAAAAACAGCAUUUACUCUCCUAAAAAUCCCCUUCCUUUUUCUGAUUCUCUACAUUUUUGUUUGCUCACUUGAUGUUUUGAGCUCUGCCUUCCAGCUUGCAGGAGGCAGGGUAGCUGGGGAAAUCUUCCAGGAAAAUGCUAUCCUGUCUAAUCCAGUGGCUGGGUUGGUGGUAGGGAUUCUGGUGACAGUGUUAGUCCAGAGCUCUUCCACUUCAACCUCCAUUAUAGUCAGCCUUGUGUCGUCUGGUUUGCUGGAUGUACAGUCAGCCAUUCCGAUUAUCAUGGGCUCCAACAUCGGAACGUCAGUCACCAACACUAUUGUUGCCUUAAUGCAGGCUGGCGACAGGGAGGAGUUUGAACGAGCAUUUGCUGGAGCAACCGUUCAUGACUGCUUUAACUGGUUGUCUGUACUGGUGCUUCUCCCUGUGGAAGCCAUAAGUGGAGUACUGAGACGUCUGUCGCAGGCUGCAGUCAACACACUUCACCUCAGCAGUGGAGACGAUGCACCUGAACUCCUGAAGGUUCUCACUGAGCCUUUAACGAAAUUGGUCAUUCAGUUGGAUAAGUCAGUCCUUACAGCUGUGGCCACAGGGGACAAAAUCGAGCGAAAUAAGAGUCUGGUGAAGCAUUGGUGUGAACUUUCUUCUGUCAAGGAAAACAAAACAUCAUGGGGAGCACAGAACCUUUCAGAACAAUCAUAUAAAUGUAUACAUUUAUUUGUGGACUGCUCUAUGUCAGACCUGGCCAUAGGUCUCAUCCUCCUUUCCUGCUCAUUGUUAGUCCUGUGCAGCUGCCUUAUUCUGUUGGUUAAAUUGUUAAACUCCCUACUCAAGGGCCAGGUGGCAAAUGCUAUAAACAGAGUCAUCAAUACAGAUUUCCCCUUCCCUUUUACCUGGGUGGCAGGUUAUCUGGCUCUCUUGGUUGGAGCUGGCAUGACAUUUUUGGUUCAGAGUAGUUCUGUCUUCACAUCUGCCAUUACACCGCUCAUAGGGAUUGGUGUGAUCAGUCUCGAAAGGGCCUACCCUUUAACCCUGGGAUCCAACCUCGGAACCACUACCACAGCUCUGCUAGCAGCCCUGGCUAGCCCUGGAGACAAGUUAGCUGCUGCCACACAGGUUGCUCUGUGCCACUUUUUCUUUAACCUCCUUGGUAUCCUCCUUUGGUAUCCUAUACCAGUCACCCGUUUACCCAUACGAAUGGCCUGUGCACUUGGCAAACACACUGCCAGGUACCGCUGGUUUGCUGUGCUGUACCUCCUUCUCUGUUUCCUGCUGUUCCCAUCGGUGGUGUUUGCUCUCUCCAUGGCUGGCUGGAAGGUGAUGACUGGAAUUGGCACUCCAGUCAUUAUACUGAUUAUAUCUGUGGCAACAAUUAACCUCCUUCAAGCACGGAGGCCUGAUUUGUUGCCGCUAAGACUUCAGAACUGGGACUUUCUCCCUGCUUGGCUCACUUCAUUGCAACCAAUGGAUGACCUUAUUACCAGGGUGACGCUAUGGUGUAGACAAACAAAAGGCUGGUGUUUAAAGAAAAAUCACAGACUACGUAACCCAAAGGAUGGCCAUACUGUAAGAGGAGAAUGGAAGGAGAAUGCUGAAACUCCAGAGACUGAUGAAAACCAGAUAAAUCAAAGAAAAGGACACAAUUGUAGUAGAUUUGAAGUAAAACAAAAUGAGAAAAGUCAAAUAUACAACUCAACGAAGAGGUUGGCUUUAGAAAACAAGACUCCACACAACGAGACACACGUACUCUUCAACAAUUGCUGUCCUAAGCUUCAAAGCACUCACCUUUAGUGGGUUUUUUUUAAUCACCAACAGAUCUAGAACCACACUGCAUCAAGGUUUGCACGCACUUGAACGGCUAUGAAGAAUGUGUUUACUCAGGAAACUUCUUGGUUUUAAUGUAAAACCCCCAUGCUCAUAGCAAGAGUGCAACAAAAAUAAAACCCUUUCUUGAGAGGUAGGUAAGCGUGGCGUGGCUCAACUGGAUCGUUUAGAUAAAUAUACACAAAAAGACGAAAAAAGUGAAUUGCAAUUUACAAAAAGGAAAAUUGUUAAAACCAGAUUAAGGUUAGAUUUAGGAAUAAAUAAAAUGAGAAAAUGCAGGUCAGAAGGUGAUCUUUCUUGUUUAUAUUUCAGACAUUCCCUAAUGCGGAAUCAGAACAGAUGUAUCUAACAGAAACACAUUUUUACGUGUUAUUUUUUUCUAACAAAGAAAAAAAAGCAGUUGUGGUAGAAUGAAUAUAAAAGUACAACAUGCAAAUUCAACUGUCGGUGCUUAUUGUGUACUUUCUUAUUGUGGGCAUAUAAACUCUAUGGUCAAGAAAGUUAGAAUGCUUAACAGUGUGGUUUGGUGCACGAUUGAAAUGCAAGCUCGUCUUCCACGCUGCAACAGAGACACCAUGGCUGCUGAGGUGACCAAAGGUUCCUGUGGGGUUUUUUUAACUGUCGUUCUCUCACUUGGUUAAAAUUUGUUUUGCCUCGCUAACCGUGAGAACAUUCAGAGAUGCCAAAAAGAUACACAGGAAACAUGAAAUCUGCUCUAUUUAAUAAUUCAAAAUUAGCUUAACUAUUUGCAUGAACUGUAUGUUGAAUGCAAUUGUAAAUAUUUUACAUUCAUAAGAAUACAAAGAAAAGGUUACUUUCUAUCACAUUAAAAUCUCUUCACAUUAAAAUUGUACAGCUAUUAAUUUAUAAAUAUCUGGUGUUUGAAAAUAUUUCCCCCUGAAAACUUUUUUAAUGUUAGGGCAGCAGGAUUAGCCACAAACUAAAAUAAAAUGCAUAAGAAGGCUGUCUCGCCUACGAUCUGCUUUGAACCCACUACGGCAACUAAUGAAAAGAUAAAUCUGCUUGAAAUAAAAAAAAAAUAAAAACAUCCUCUCAUCUUCCAUAAAGUAUGCCAAAUAAUAAACAGUCUCUUUAGCAUGAUGCAUCUGCUGCAUUCAUGCUGCACUAAGGUGAAGAAGCAAAGGAUGUUUUUCCUACUGUCAAAAUAAAGUGAGGCGUGUUAUCUUGGUUUCCUGUUCCUAGCUAACAUGAACUCUCAUGCUGCUGCCCGCGUCCUCACUAAGACUAAGAAAGUAGAGCACAUAACCCCAGUUCUAAAGUCGUUACACUG